UCUGCCCCCGUUUUUGUUUUAUAUUUGUCUAUUAUGCAUAUCAUGUAAAAUGUAUAUCCAUGACCUAAUUGGAAAUUAUGAAGAUGAGCCGUAGGGAAAAUAUUGAGAUCCAACUCAAAGCUCUUGGAUGGUUUUAUGAUACCGUUUGUAACGGCUUCAUACAGGAGAAAUGGCAAACAACAGUUUAUCAUUCAUAAAAUGUGUUAGGAUAUAAAACAUUUCCUAAUAACUAUUUGACUGUGUUAUUUAAAAUCUGCAGAUCUCUCCUUGAACCCAACGAGUACGUUUACAUCACACCCUGCAACGAUGUAGCUUGAAAGUACAGCACGUGCCUGCCCCGUUCAGUGAACUCCCCCAUCAGUUUCUCACACUUUCACGUGUUUUGUUAAGUGUACUAUUUCACAAACUGCUACAUACCGUACAAGUAAUACCACCGUAAAUUAAUUAAGCUGUCACUGCACUCACGUUUAUAAAGUAUGGUAGCCUUCAAAUAACUGGUGAGUGCGAAUGUAUGUGUUCAUUACAUUGACCCCUUCACAUUAGGUCCGUGUUAUUGAUCCAGCGCGUGUACAGGAGCUCUUAUUAUUGGCUUGCGCAACAGUUAACAUCCAAAUCUGACCAGUUGAGACUGGUCCCAAACCAGCUCCUAAUAUCAUGACAGGGUGUUUAAUACCUCGUAAGCACUUCUCAUCUUUUCACACUUCCAUUGGCCCUCCUCCUACACACACAAUCAACUCCUAUAAAUUCCGAGACCCUCAGGACUGAAGGAGGCAUAGAGACACAUUUCACCCGUGGGGACUACUGGACAGGCCGGACACAGCCUCCAUCCAUACCAUCACACGUCUCCUCAUACAACACAAGUCAGGAUGCCUCCCUACGAGAAGUCAAUGGAAGUUACGCCUUUUAAACAAAGAAAGUGUCUAGCAACAAGAAAAGAUGAAGUCUGCACAAUUCGGUCUAAGUUCCCAAACAAAUUACCGGUAAUCGUGGAGAGAUACAUUAGGGAGAAAAAGCUUCCAUUACUGGACAAAACCAAAUUUCUGGUCCCAUAUGAACUCACAUUAGGACAGUUCCUCAGUCUGCUCAGAAGUAAGAUAGUGCUGGAGGCUUCUCAAGCUCUUUACCUCCUGAUCUCAGGAAAGAACAUGUCCUGUUUGUCAGCCAGCAUGGGGGAGGUUUAUUCACAGUAUAGAGAUCCAGAUGGCUUCCUUUACAUAACCUAUGGUUCCCAGGACAUGUUUGGAUGAAAAUAACCGCACAUCACAAACCUCCAGACUGGUGCAUCUCUGAGAUCGCAACUCGGUAUUGCUGCUAAAUGAACUUUGUACACAAAGACUGCAAAACCACACAGGUUACUGGCAGAGAAGACCUCAUUUUCAAGUGUCACAGAUUCCUUUAAGGCUAACUUCAAAGUAACCAAGAGGUUACAUUGGGCCUUGUAAAAUGAAGAAGAGUGGGGAGACAUGCUAUACUUCAGAAAGACACAUUAAGCUGCUUAUACUGUCAUGAAGCUGUCAUGAGGACACAAAAGAGACAACCUUUUUGUGAGACAGGUUUGUUGGAGGGUAGUUUCCCCUCCUUGCUCUUGUACAACAGUGAAAUCUUUUUGAGCUUCAAAUGUGGACUGAAAAAGAAUCCAAGUCAUUAAUGUAUUUGGCUUUUUUAUACAUUCCGAUUACUUUCCUUUAUAAAGUUUGGGUUGAUUUAGUAUAUUAUGUUGACAGCGGCUUGUUCUAUUUUAUGGUGCACUAUAUUGAAUUUAAGCAAACAAAGCAUUUUCUUGUUAAGAGAUCACUGUGUGCUCUUUAAUAUCACGCCUCUUUUAAAGAUGUAUGUAACGGUCUCACACAUGGUUGUUAUUUAACUACCAUCUCUAAUAGAAUUGCUCAAGUUAGUGUGCCAGUAAGCAGUCGCACAGAGUUGGCAAAAUAGGUGUGGUCAAAUGCAUGUUAAUGCAAAGAAUAAAAAAUUAAGUUUUUUUUCUUCA